GAGUAUUAUUGAAUAGGGAAAAAAGUAAUUUACAAUAACUUUAUAACAAAUAUUCAAUAUUGACAAUAAUCUUAUGCAAAAGUUAAGUGAUUGGGCAAUAAGAAAGUAAAGGGAGUAACGAGUGGGCGUGUGGGUCAGAAAUCAGUCUCAAAAUGAGGAACUCUGACUUAAGUCAGACAUACAAAGACAAAACCCAACAAUAAACAGUGUGAGAGACUCGUGUGCCUUCAUCUCUCAUCUCCUAUAUUUUCUUUUCCACCCUCUAUUUUUUCUCUCAUUUUCAUUCAACCGUUCUUUUCUUUCCUUUUCUCUCAUUAUUUUUUUUUUUUUUUCCAUUUUCAUCUUUCUUUCUCAUCAUUCCAUUUACCAUUUAAUGGAUGAAAACAUGAAUAAUAAUAGUCUCUUUUCUUUGAACUCAAACUCGAACUCAACUCAUCCGUGUCCCCCUGCUCUAGACCUUUGCCUUUGUACCAACACCAUAACAAACCGUCAGGAUCAUGAGAAUACCAACACCGGGUUUCCGAUACGGUCCUCGCCUUCUUCUGUUGAUGGGUUGAAAGGCGAAAACUGUCAAGAAUCUUUGGUGGCUGCUAGAAAUGUACGCAGGCCUUCAAAGCUUUGUUCUAGAGGACAUUGGAGGCCUGCAGAAGAUACUAAACUUAAGGAACUUGUUCUUAAGUUUGGCCCUCAGAAUUGGAAUGUCAUUGCUGAGAAACUUCAGGGUAGAUCAGGGAAGAGUUGCAGAUUAAGGUGGUUCAAUCAACUCGAUCCGAAGAUAAACAGGAAACCAUUCUCAGACGACGAAGAAGAGCGACUAAAAACAGCACAACAAAUGUACGGGAACAAAUGGGCAAUCAUAGCGCGAUUAUUCCCUGGCCGAACAGACAAUGCAGUUAAGAACCAUUGGCAUGUUAUGCAGGCGAGAGAGGAUCGUGAAAAGUCGAAUUUAUUUACGACUACGAAAAGAAUCCACAACAAAAUGCAGCCACAACAAUUUUAUGAUCAUGGCUGUAACAACGAGUUUACGGCCAUGAUAAAAAAAAGUAAUACUGGAAGUGACUCUACUACCAGUAUUACUAGUAACAUGAUUUAUAAUAUUAACAAUAAUAAAAUUGUGGAUCAUGAUACUGGUGCAUCAACUUGUACUGAACUCUCACUCUUUACUACAUUGGCUGCGGGUGCGGACGCGGGUGUGGGUGUGGGUGUGGGUGUGGGUGUGAGUGGGUAUUAUUCCGGACCCAGAAUCAGUUAUGACCCGCCCGUUUGUCAGGAGCAACAAUACCAGCAACCCUGCAAGUCUGACCGUCAAAAGGGUUCAAUUGAGGAAAGCAUGUGGAAAUCAGCAAUGAAGGGAAAUUACAUUAAUAUCCUUGCCAAACAACCAGAUGAGAUGUUUCCAAGUAGGGUGGAAUUUUGUGGACAAUCCGAUUCAAACUCGGGCGGGUCAGGAAGUGGUGACUCAGCUGUUAAUAGUGGAUACUCAACAAGUGCAAAUGCAAACUUAAACAGACUUCCUUUCAUUAAUUUCUUGGGGUUGGAAGCUAAUUGAUCAUUGUGUUACAAAUUAAACCUUUUGUUGUUUUUAGUGGAAAAAGAGGGAAAAAGAGGUUAAGGAAAUUAGGGAUUAAUUUAAUUAUAUAAAGAAAGUGGGAGAAACUUUGGCAGUAGUUUUUAACUGCUUUGAAUAUAUGUAUGUAUAUAUAGUAAGUUUUCAUGGAAGUUUUAAGAAAAAAGGAAAUAGAAAAACAUAAAUAAUGAUAACCAUGCAUGAUACAUGUACAAUAAUUCUCUUUUGAUUAUUCAUUUGAGGAUUUUUUUUUGAAAUCUAAAGCGUAACAAAUCAAGAUGG